AUGCUCGAGGCGGACUGGGAGGCCUGCGAGCGCGGCUACUACGCCGGCGAGCUGCGCAUCCAGGAGAAGGAGCUGCGGCUCUACACGAAGUGCAACGCCAUCAUCGCGAAGCACGCGGCCUUCUUCGCCCUCAUCGCCUACAGCGCCCUGUCCAUGACGCCCCACUGGCUCGACGAGGCGCUGACGAGCCAGACGAAGAAGUUCUUCUUCUACAACUUCGUCGUCGUCGCCAUCGGCUUCAACAUGCUCACGAUGGUCGUCACGAGCUGGUGCAUGAUCUUCGGCCCGGGCCUGGCCAUCCGCGGGCCGCCGGGGUCGAUGAAGCGCGCCGUCGAGGGCAUGCGCGACGAGGAGGCCAUGACGCACCUCUUCUUCGCGCUCGGCCAGGUCUUCCUGACGCUCGCGGCGGUCGCGCUCGGCUUCCUCAAGCUGCCGCUGGCCGUCGCGUGCUGCAUCGCCGUGAUCCUCGUGCUCUUCCUCGGGUCGACGCUCGCCUGGUACGUGCGGCGGCCGCGUGCGUCCUUCAGCCUCACGGACUUCGACGGCGACGUCGACUUCGAGGCCCUCAUGCUCAAGGACCUCGACUCGUAA